AUGCCCAUCGCUCCCCACCGGUGUGAAGCGUUGGGAGAUAGAGAUUCUCGGCCCUUCGCCUACGCCAUAGCCAGGAGACGUUACCUGAUGACCGAUAAUCACGCCGCAGAACGCGAGUAUGUUCUGCGCAGCGCCCGCGACUUCGAUGUCAAAUUCAUACGCCUGUGGUUUACCGAUAUAUUGGGACAUCUGAAAGGAUUUGCCAUAACGGUUGACGAUCUGGAAGAUGCCCUUGAACUGGGGGUUGGCUUCGAUGGAGCGGCAAUCGAAGGCUACUCGCGGGAAGAGGAAAGCGACAUGCGGGCGUUCCCCGACCCGACGACGUUUUCCCUGUUGCCGUGGCGACCCCGACGCAACGCGGUGGCGCGUAUGUUUUGCGACAUCCGCACGCCGCGGGGCGAACCGUUCACCGGCGACCCCCGGCAGGUUUUGAAGCGGAACCUGGAAAGGCUGGCGACCAUGGGCUACAUAUAUUACGUUGGCCCCUGA